CCAUUACCACCCCUGGCAGGAGGGCCAGGCACAACUGCCCCUCUCCGCAUUCUGACCCCUGUAUCCUGGUCGAGGUGCUCCGAGGUUGCAAGGGUCGACCACCGCAAAGUUCCCAGAUCCGUCGAAUCUAAAGCAUGCACAUGUCCCCAAGGGCAAGGUUGCCUCGCCCAACCACCCAGCCAACGAGGCCUCUCUUCUCCAACCCUUUUGCAUCUAGCCAUUCGUCGCAAAGUACACCGUCUCUCAUAAGCUGCAUAAAGGUCAGCAGAGCUGCACUUGCGCCUAGGAGAACUUACAGCACGAGAAAGCCUUACCCACGGCGUAGACGAUUCGACCAAAGUGGACCUCGGUAAUUGGUGCGAGCACUCACAACAGUAACGACCACUCGAGACUCGACAACACGGCGACACGCGAUGGUCCGCUCUACAACCGGCAGGUUUCUAAGCCUGCCCGUCGCGCUCUUGUUCAGCUCGGUGGCCCAUGCUUGGGAUCAUCUUGAUCACGACACCUUUUCUCAGACUGUCCAGGCGCACGAUGUUGCUGUAGUAGCAUGUCCCGGGAACUCUGCCCUCAAGGAGGAAUGGGACUUGGUCAAGACACAGACCUCGGUCCCGCUGCUAAGCGUGGGCUGCCUGGCCCAGGGCGAGCAGCAGCCGGUCCUCUGCUCCUCGCAGAGCGUCGACGACCCGGCCAACUUGCCCGUCAUCUCCAUGCUCGAACGGGGGCAGCUCAAGACUGUAUACCCCGGCCCGCGCAGGGCUUCAGCCAUCACCCAGUGGAUCAACCGCGCAAAGCACACCACUCCCACAGUAGAAUUGACGUCGUCCUCUCUGACGGUCUUCAAGACUGCCGACGAAGCCGCCUGUGUCGCCUUCUUGCCCAAGCCGGAGCCCACCACCUCAUCCGACAACGAGGACGACGACGGUGGCGACGGCACCGUCCUCACCACCACCCAGUCCGCUGCCGCCGGUCUGCUGCAGGAGCACUGGGCCUACAUCGCCGAAAGCACGACCCUCGGCGGGCGAGUGUCCAUGGCGAAGCUGGUCGACCCGACCUCACAGGUGCUCGCUGCUGAGGGCAUCCCGCACGUGCCGGCGAUCAAGUGCUGGAAGAACCCCGAGGGCACCGGCGGGGGCAGUGCAGAGGAUGCCGCUGCGGGCGUGCUCAAGAACAACCCUUAUGUCAAGACGAACAAGUGGCUGAGCGGCGGCGCCGGCGGCGCAAAGGGGGACAGCUCAAAGACCCUGUCGGGCGCGGCGGCGCGGGACGCAACUGUGCAGCAGCUCGAGCAGUUUGUGGUUGACGCGACUAGGCCGGUCAUUGGCGAGCUGACGGCGGCAAACCAUGGCGAGUAUCUGAACCGCGGAAAGCCAAUAAUCUACAUCUUUGCAUCGACCGAGGCCGAGCGCGCCGCCCUGCGCAAGCAGCUCUCCGGCAGCGCCAUCACCUACGCCGACUCGCUGUCCAUCGUGACCGUGGACCCCUUCGCGUUCCCCCGGCUGCAGAGCCAGCUGGGGCUGCACGAUAAUAAUGGUGAUGAUGAUACCAGCCCGGUCAAGGGGGUUGCCGAGGAGCAUGGGAGGGAGGAAGGGGAAGUGGGAAGGGAGGAGAAGAAGAAGACAGGCGCGACCGUCGCGACCCCCGGAAACCCCGUCGGCGUGCUCGUCCAGCUCUGGUCCGGCAACAUCUGGCACUACCCGCCCGGCGCUGGGUUCACCGUCAAGGAGCUCAUGGGGUGGGGCCUCAAGGUCAAGCUCGGCGCCGUGAAACCCCAUCGCGAGGCUGACGUCGACUGGAUCUGGCCCCCGGCGCGCCGAGCAGAGUACCUGGCCGAGCAGGAGAGGAGCAAAGAGGCCGAGGGGGAUCGGGGUAGGCACGAUGAGUUGUGAAUGGGCAACAUGAGGGAAUUGGGGGGGGGGGGGGGGU